GAAGACCACGGGGGCAGGAAAGUGAGGCUCACAAAAAGUAGGUCGGUCUAUAUAAAAUCGUGGCUUGCAACGUUCGGUUCUUUCAAUUCCAAAUCCUCGGAUCUUUCAUUUCAUUGUGUAAUAUUUCAAUGUUCUGAUAAGAGACACAGAGGUUGUUUACUCAUGGGAGAAAACACUCAACUUGUUGUUCUUACAUCGCAGCUUCAAGAGACCUUCAAAAUAGGUCGUAAGAGCAAAAAGACCAGGCGAAUAUUGAGGUCAACGCUCCAUGAUUUGAAACCUUUGGUCAAGGAGAUCGAGCAAUACAAUGAACACUUGGAUCCACCAAAAGAAGAAAUAAAGAUUCUGAUCCGAGAAAAAAAUGCUGGGGAAGAAGGUGUUGAUCUUCUCUGCAAGAAUCUUUGUUGGGAGAAGCCUCUCUCUUUGUUGGAGAGGCUUUGGCAUAACGUUGAUGAGUCCUAUGUUGCUGCUAAUGACAAGCAAGCUCUUGUCGCAAAGGAUGUUAAGGAGACACUUUACAAGAUGAGAGAAAUCCUUGAGCUUCUUAACAGAGAGAAUUUUGAGCUGAAAUUUAAUGAAUCUGGAGCUCCUUUGAAGCGUCCUUUUGGUAUUCCUGAGAACCCAGAAUUCACUGUUGGCUUGGAUGUGCCGUUGACCAAGUUGAAGAUGGAGGUUCUCAAGGAUGGUGGGUCCACCCUUUUGUUGACUGGUUUAGGAGGAUCAGGGAAAACCACUUUGGCUACAAAGCUUUGUAGGGAUGAACAAGUCAAGGGUAAAUUCAGGGAAAAUAUUUUGUUUUUCACCUUCUCGGAAACGCCCAAGUUGAAGGUUAUUGUAGAGAGACUAUUUGAGCACUGUGGAUUUAAAGUGCCUGAGUUUCAAAGCGAUGAAGAAGCUGUUAAUAGAUUGGAGCUUUUUUUGAGGAAAAUUGAGGGAAGUCCAAUGUUGUUGGUCCUCGAUGAUGUCUGGCCUGGCUCAGAGGCCCUCGUUGAGAAAUUGCAAUUCCAGAUAUCUGAUUAUAAAGUUUUGGUGACUUCAAGGGUUGCAUUUCCUAGAUUUGGCACACCAUGUAUCUUAAAUCCUCUUGUUCAUGAAGAUUCUAUAACACUUUUCCGUCACUAUGCUCUCUUGGAAGAUAACAGUUCAAAUAGUCCUGAUGAAGAUAUUGUCCAAAAGGUUGUGAGAAAUUGCAAGGGUUUACCGCUUGCCAUUAAAGUGAUUGCUAGAUCACUGAGUAAUCGCCCUUAUAAGUUGUGGCAAAAGAUAGCAGAGGAAUUGUCCGAAGGUCAUUCGAUACUCGAUUCUAAUGCUGAAUUACUUUCUUCCCUCCAAAAGAUCUUCGAUGUUUUGGAAGAUAAUCCUGUCACCAAGGAGUGCUUCAUGGACUUGGGGCUAUUUCCUGAAGACCAAAGAAUUCCUGUUAAUGCUCUCAUUGAUAUGUGGGCGGAAUUGUGUGGACUAGAUGAUGAUGGCAGAGAAGCAAUGGCCAUCAUCAACAAAUUAGACUCCAUGAAUCUGGCUAAUGUUUUAAUAGCAAGGAAAAAUGCAAGUGACGCAGACAAUUACUACUACAAUAACCACUUCAUCGUCCUUCAUGAUCUUCUAAGAGAGCUUGCAAUUCAUCAAAGCAGCCAGGGACCAAUUGAACAGAGAAAAAGACUGAUAAUUGAGAUAAAUGAAAACAAACGUGAACGAUGGCUUGCGGAGAAACAGAAAGGCAUGAUAGCCCGCAUAUUGUCAAAAUUUCAUGGAUGUGGUGUUAAACAGAUGCCCCAACAGGUCCCUGCCCGCAUAGUGUCUCUAUCAACUGAUGAAACUUGCACUUCAUAUUUGUCCGACAUGCAAGCAGCUCAAGCCGAGGUUCUUAUUUUAAAUCUUCAAACUAAGCAGUAUACCUUUCCAGAGUUCAUGGAGAAAAUGAGUGAACUAAAAGUUCUUAUCCUCACAAAUUAUGGGUACCAUACUUCUCAACUGAACAAUUUUGAGCAACUCGGCUCUUUAUCAAACCUGAAAAGAAUUAGGCUAGAGCGGAUUUUUGUUCCUUCCUUUGCCACAUUGAAGAAUCUAAAAAAAUUAUCCCUCUACAUGUGUAAUACGAGACAGGCUUUUGAAAAUGGUAUGAUCCUAAUUUCAGAUGCAUUUCCAAAUCUAGUAGAUUUGAACAUUGAUUAUUGCAAAGAUAUGGUGGGAUUGCCUACUGGGCUAUGUGAUAUUACCCCACUAAAGAAACUCAGUAUUACUAAUUGCCACAAGCUCUCUGCGCUGCCAAAAGAUAUUGGAAAGUUGGAGGAUUUGGAACUCCUAAGGCUCAGUUCCUGUACUGAUUUGGUAGGGAUACCUGAUUCUAUUGGAAGUCUUUCAAAUCUACGACUUCUUGACAUCUCAAACUGCAUAAGCCUUUCAAGUUUACCAGAGGACAUUGGUAAUCUGUGUAAUCUAAGAAAUAUCUACAUGACAAGUUGUGCAAGGUGUGAAUUGCCAUUCUCAGUUGCUAAUCUUAAGAAUUUAAAGGUGGUGAUAUGUGACGAAGAGACGGCUACUUCAUGGGAAUCUUUCGAACCUAUGCUUCCCAAUCUGAAGAUAGAGAUUCCUCAAGUUGAUGUCAACUUAAAUUGGCUUCAUUAAAGUGGCUCGUAAAACAUGUUUGUUUAAAUUGUUCUCGGAGCAAAGGUCGUGUGUAUUUUUAUUUUCUAGUAAAAUAAGCAUGUCUAAAGUUUGAAGAAAAAUCCAACUCCUCUUGGCUCUUCUUACCUUUUGUGCAUUGGGGUUUGUCUAUUACCUUUGCCCGUUAUCUUGUUCCUAAGACAUUUGUAAAUUGCUCUUAGGAACAAGAGCAAUUUGUAAAUUGUUAUCUUGUUCCUAAGGCAUUUGUAAAUUGCUCUAGUAGUAUUUACAUGUUUCUUAUGAAUACUUUGUCGCUUUAAGAAGGUAGGAGAUUUCAUAUAUGCUGUGUGUAAUGUAAUGGGUGGACACGCGUAGUCUGAUGUUGCCAACAACAUCAAUUUGUAUUUUUUUUCUGUUAUGAAGUUUUUUUAAUAAAAUAUGAUU